AUGGAGGUCUGGAACGAUCUGAAACGGAGAUUCUCACAGCGAGAUGCCCAGCGAAUAUCCAGCGUUCAAAACGAAAUCUACGGAUUGAAACAAGGUAACCUCUCCGUUAAUGACUACUACACUAGAUGUCGCAUAUUGUGGGAGGAACUGAAUACCUUGAGGCCAUUACCUGUCUGUAAAUGCAUACCUAGAUGUGCUUGUGCUUGUGACUUAGUUGAUGAAAUCAGAAAUGAACGGGAUGUGGAUCAGGUCAUCCGUUUCCUUCAAGGUCUAAAUGAAGACUUCAAUAGUCUAAAAUCAAAUAUCCUUGUUCUUGAUCCUCUACCAGAGGUUUAUAAAGUAUUUGUAAUGGCCGAAAAGCUUGAAAGGCAAAUUAAUCUAGCAAGUUUGAAUCUAGACAGUCUGGAAAUCAAUCAGGUUAAUGCUGUUCAGAAUAGUCAAGGCUCUGUGUCUGAAAAUACCAUAGCUGCUGCUGUGAACAAUUCCAAUUCCAAUUUUAACAGACGAGGUAACGGGGGAAAUAAGAGUGCUAAGUGCACAUUUUGUGGGAUGACUGGGCACACCGUUGAUAGGUGCUACAAGAAGCACGGCUACCCUCCGGGAUGGGUGUCGGGCUUCAAAUCCAAGGGAAAACAACAACAAUUUGCUGUUGCUGCGACUAACAAUACAGGGAAUAUGGCUAUAGAUUCUGAGCAGUUACAAAGGAUUAUUUCCCUUCUCCAAACGCAGGUUGGACAAUCUUCUAGUCCCAACACCACAGCAGCAGUAUCAUUAAUCCCCAAAUUCAGUGAAGUGCAGUCAGCAGAUGAAGGCAAGCAAUCCAUGCCUCAUAUUAACUCUAUCUUGAUAAAUUCUUCUUGUUGGAUUCUUGAUUCAGGAGCUACCAAUCAUAUUGUUUGUUCCCUGGAUCAUCUUGUUAGUCAUCGAGUUGCUGUCAGAACAGAAGUGAGCUUACCAACCGGAAAAUGCAUCCCUGUUGAAAACAUAGGAGAUGUCAAGCUUAAUGAUGAUUUGUGGCUAAAAGGGGCCUUGCAUAUUCCCACCUUUCAGUUCAAUAUCAUAUCAGUGAGCAAGCUUCUUCAGGAUACUCCAUACAAACUAAUCUUCAUGUCUGAUGAAUGUGUUAUUCAGGGGAUUCAUGGAACAGUGGCUGGUAUAGCUAGACAGGAAAUGGGAUUAUACAUGUUGAUGUAG